AUGACUUUUAAUAACGCAAAAAUAUUUUUAGGUUUGCCGACAUGUUUAUUAAAAUACUGCGGUCUCUGGAUUGUGUCGGAAAAAUAUGAAUCUUUAAACAACAUAUAUAGAUUUUUUGGUUUUUUAUUACAUUACAGUGUUCUAUUGUCAAUUUUAAUAUAUCUGGGAGUUGUGUGGGGCAAUAUUGAAGCGAUGUCGAAUGCUUUGUACGUGUUAUUUACAGAAACGUCGACAUGUUUUAAAAUUACAGUUUUCGUGGUGAACAAAAAAUUUAUAUUGAACUUAUUGGAGUUCAUGAAUUCAGACAUAUUUUUGCCAAUGACAAGACGACAAGAAGACAUUCUAAUGGAGCAGGCCCGAAAGGCGCGCUACUUAACGAUAUUUCUAGUGGCAACAGCCAACAUAAACGUUGUCGAGUGGUGUAUAAUACCUUUACUAAACCAGGGUGAUGUUAAAACUUUCCCUUACACGAUGUGGAUGCCUGCGGAUACGCAAAAGUCACCAGGCUAUCAACUGGGGUACAUCUACCAGAGCCUGUUCGGAAUAAUGUGCGCCAACAUGUUCAUGGGCAUAGACGGUUUUAUAAUAUCGGCUAUCACAUUCGCUUGCGCACAACUUGAUAUCAUCAAAGACAAAGUACAAAAGAUCCGAAGUGUACCAUCGGGGCAACGAAUAAAUAUCAGAGAAGAAGAACGCUGUAGUAUCAAUAAUAAUCUAUUUGAUGAAUGUAUUAGUCAACAUCAGAGUAUAAUACAAUACGUGAAGUUAGUAGAGGGCUUAUUCCACCUUAGUAUAUUUCUUCAACUCAGUGGAUCCGUUAUUAUAGUUUGCAUGUUAGGAUUUAGACUGUCUGUGGAACCACCUAAUACAUUUGAAUUUUACUCGUCGUUAAAUUACAUGUUAAACAUGCUGGCGCAACUGUUCUUUUACUGUUGGAGCGGCAACGAGUUAACGAAACGGAGUGAAGAUGUACGAAACGAAUUGUACUUGUGUCAGUGGCACGAACAAGAUAUGAAACUAAAAAAGAAACUGUGUUUCGCUAUGGAGUGCUUGAAGAAACCCAUAUUGUUCCAGGCUGGACACUACAUAACGCUGUCAAGACCUACAUUUGUAAGGAUUCUGCGUUGUUCGUAUUCCUACUUCGCUGUUUUAAAUCAAGUCAAUAAAAAGUAAUUCUGAAGAU